AUGUCUGAUACAGCGACCCUGAAGCGCCAACUGAAGAUUAAAUCAGGAGCAGCGAAACGGUUACUCAAAGAGCACAACUCGUAUCGCAAUGAAGCGGAGCAACUACAGCUGAAGCGCGAUAAACUGAUAGCGGACGGCGCGGAGGAAUGGGACGUGAAGAACGCAGGUCGGCUUGUGGAAGAGUCGAACAAGAUGGUGGUGGACACUGCCCAUCGUCUGGGCAGCACGGUGCAAGAGCUUCGCGAACUUGUCGUCGACGCGAAGAAGAAGACAGAGUUGGCAGGAGACGACGACUUGUUGAAGGCCGAGGAUGCGCUGGAAGAGGCCAGCGUCUGA